UGACACCCUUACUGAUUACUAUGUGGAUACCUAAGCUUUUACUACUUACCUACACAAUCUAUAAACAUCUUGAAGGCCUAUAAUGAGGGUAUCGUUAAUCUUACCGUCGCGUCUCUGUUCGUAGAUGAUUUGAUAAUAGGUGCUACGCUAAAUACCUCGGUACCUAGGGUAUCAUCGUUUAUCUCAUGAUAGCGCAGUGCGGGGCUUGACUUCUCUAGAUUACGUCCACACUUUGAUCUACCAUGGAGGGACUCGUCAAGCAAACCCUCUAAUUUAGUCCUUAGAGAUAUUACAUACCUAGUAUCAAAAUAAAGAACAGUUAUUACUCAAAAGUGACGACCCAUUAACAUAUCCUCAUCAAUAUGGUCCAAGUCAAGCAAUACCACCUGCCCCCAACCCCCCUCAUCCCCAACUCCCCACAACCCCUCCUCCACUACAUCAACCUCCUCCCCUCCCCCUGCCCCUCACUCAUCCACGAAACCCUCGACCGCAACGCGUGGGCCACGCAGUGGAUAUACCGGUACGGCGCCACGCAGCCCUCGCACUACCACUCGCGCAUCCACGAAGCCAUGGUCGUGCUCUCCGGGACCGCGACCAUCCGCUUCGGCGUCGCGGACACGUCCCCCGACCUCCACCACAACACCUGGGGCAGCGCCAAGGAGGACGGCGGCGUCGAGCUUGCCGCCCAGCCGGGCGACGUCUUCGUGAUCCCCGCGGGCGUCGCGCACAAAACGUUCGACGCCCGGCCCGCCGCGUCGCUCAGCCUGCUGACGCCGGGGGAGGGGCGCGGGAUCCCGGGCCCGGAGGCGUUGGUGGGGAUCCGGCGCGACGGGUUCACGAUGAUGGGCGCGUAUCCGAAGAACUGCGGGCACUGGGACUUCUCGGUUGGGGGGGAUGAUGUGGGGGAUUUCAGGGCUUCGUGGGAUGUGCCGCGGCCGGAGAGGGAUCCGUUUUUGGGUGAUUCGGGGGAGGGGGUUGUUGGGCUGUGGAGGGCGACGGCGCUGCCGGAGAGGAGAGGGACGGGGGCGAAACUGUGAAAGGGGUUUUGAAAUGGGGGGUGGGUAGUAAGGGGCUUAUGAUCAGGUAAUUGAGGUUGGAUAGGAUGCAGCGUGGUGAUAAUAGGUAAUGUAAUUUGCUGCAAAUAUCAUUUGCCUACCUAGGUACCUAGGUUACGGAUUUAUUGGAGGUCAUUGACGGUAGGAGAUAAUAGAUCCCU